AAAUAGCGCGCAAUGUUGUUGACUGGACGAGAUCUUUGCAAUGUUUUUCUUGCGGGUGUUUUCUUGUUAUUGCCUAGUUGUAGAUUCAUUUCUGGUGUCGAGAGUGAUAUCAACUGCUUGAGAAGUAUAAAAGCAUCACUGGAGGACCCUUUAGACAUGUUAACCUCUUCAUGGGAUUUUAGCAAUCCCACGGAAGGUUUCAUCUGUAACUUUCAGGGAAUCGAGUGUUGGCACCCUUAUGAGAGCAGAGUUUUAAAUAUCAAGCUUGCGGAUUUGGGACUCAAAGGCCAGUUUCCUCGCGGCUUAGUGAAUUGUACAAGCUUAACAGGCUUAGAUCUUUCGAGCAACAGCCUCAGUCGAUCAAUUCCCGGUGAUAUUCAUAAAUUGAUCCCUUACGUUAUGUCGCUUGAUCUCUCAUCCAACAGCUUCUCAGGGGAAAUUCCGAAUACAAUCUCCAACUGUACUUUCCUGAAUGUCCUUAAGCUUGACAACAACAAGUUGACGGGUCAGAUUCCUCCAGAACUUGGUCGGCUCAGUAGGCUUAAAGUAUUUAGCGUGGCCAACAAUCAACUGUCUGGGCCAGUCCCCACCUUUGCAGCCGGAGCGGACAGCUAUGCAAACAAUAGGAGACUCUGCGGUGGUCCUUUGAAGAAUUGCCCCUCAUCAUCUCAGAACAAGAAUGAUUUAGUGAGGGUUUUCAAGUCUUACACUGUAGUCAUGUUGGGAGCACUCGGUUUUGGUAUUGGUUUUGUUUUCUCUUUUUCUUUUUUCGUCUUUCGAUAGAAAGCUUCGGAGCUAGUCCUUUAGACUUUAAAGUUCUAUUUUAUUUGUAUUUACAGUAUAUAUACAACUCAAGAGAAAAGGGGGAGUGGGGGACUCGAACUUGAUCUAUCUGUCACUUGAUUGAUGGGAGCUAAGUUACGUAUAUGUAUUAGCUAG